CUCAACCGCAGCCUGCUCUCACAGCCUCACUAUGUCUUGCCCCAACUACUGCUCGGGAAACUCCAGCUCAGGAUCUCUCAGAACCUCCUGCCAUAUUCCUCUCACCUCCAUCGCCCUCUGCCCUACCAGCGUGAGCUGUGGAGAUGUCCUCUACUUACCCACUAGCUCUCAAGACCAUACCUGGGUCACAGACAACUGCCAAGAGACCUGUGGUGAACCGACCAGCUGCCAGCCGGCCCACUGUGAGACCAGCAACCUUGAAACCUCUUGCGGUUCUUCCGCUGCUUACUACGUGCCCAGGCCCUGCCAAGGAAGUAGUUUUCUUCCUGCUUCUUUCUUCUCCAGUUCCUGCCUUCCAGUAUCCUGUAGACCGCAGAGCUAUGUGUCCAGCAGCUGUCGUCCAUUGAGGCCACUGCUUAGUAGUUACCAGCCCAUAGGAGGUUGUGUGCCCAAUGGCUAUCGCCCCCAAUUCUGCUUGUCCAACAGUUGCCAGCCCCAAAACCUCCUCACUUCUGGAUGCCGACCCUCGAGUUGCUUGGCCUAUCGUCCUCAAAGUCUUCACGUUGUGUCCAGCAGCCUCAGACCUCUGGGGCCUCUGUUCAGUGGUUGCCAACCUCUGACCCAUGUGUUCAACACGUGUCGUCCAUCUUGCUCUGGACUGUGAAACCAGUAGCUUCUUUGUUCCAGUGAAUAAUCACUCUGAGUAUCCCCAACAAAAAUUCAAACUCCAUGGACUUUUGCUUCUUUGCUAGUAGCAACUGAUGUUUCUUAGUUUUACUGUGCCUGAUCUAAUGCAAGCUGCUUCCCUCACAUGUUUUAUCUUGUUUUCAUCUUUCCUUGACAUCAAAAAAAUUAGUUUACAAUGCUAUUCAAUGUUGCUCUGGUCUGGGAAGAAUGUAUUUGAUUUGCACUAUAAUAAAUGUGAUUAAGUCCAAAUUAA